AUGCAUAAAUGUGUAGUGCUAUUAAUAUCUCUUAUAUGGGGUCAAUGUUACAGUGCCAAAAUAUUGGGGGUAGUCCCAAUCCCAUCCUACAGUCACCAAAUUCCGUUCCAGCCAAUAUGGCAGGAACUAUCAUUAAGAGGUCAUCAGGUUACAACAAUCGUAACAGAUGGUAUAAACAAUCCUAAACUGAUAAACCUGACAGAAAUAGUCAUUAAAGAAUCUUACGAUUCAAUAAAGAGGUACAACAUAUUAGACGCCAUGGCCAACAAAUCAGGUGUUUUAAAAAUGUUAGAAGUGAGUUGUGGUUUUUAUGAAGAUCUCUUCGAGACUCAGUUCUCUCAUCCGGACGUUAAAAAGUUAAUCAAUGAUCCUAAGGCUGAGUUUGACUUGGUUGUUUUUGAAGCCAUUACAGCCCCUUUAGUUUAUUCCUGGAGGUUUAAUUGUCCGUCUGUGGGUGUUGCCUCAAUGGACGCUUACUUCCCUUAUCACUAUUACAUGGGUAAUCCCACUCAUCCUUUGGUUACUCCUGAGUGGAGCACCGAAAUUGAAGACACGGAUAAUAUGAGAUUAACUGACCGUAUUAAUAGUGCCGUAACUAACGUGAUGAUCAUUAUACUUAGUCAUUUGUUGUUUAAUCCGUUGAUGGAAGAUCUUUAUCAUAAGCAUUUUGGGCCAAAUGUUCCUUCGUUGAUAGAUAUGACCUAUAACGUUGAUAUGUUGUUAAUAGCUACUAAUCCCAUUUUUCAUGAUGUUAGGCCUUUGAAUCCACACACAGUGACCAUUGGGAGUGGGAUACAUAUUACUCCUCCAAAACCUUUGCCAGAGGAUGUGAAAACAUUCUUAGAUAAUGCUGAACAAGGAGUGGUGUACUUUAGUUUGGGUUCAAAUGUCAAAGGGAACUUGAUGCUAGAAGACACCAAAAAGGCCAUUUACAAAGCCUUCUCUGAGCUCCCCUAUAAAUUUUUAAUCAAAGUGGACUGGGUGAACUUAACAGUACCUGAAAAUGUUAAAGUAGGAAGGUGGUUGCCACAACAAGACAUAUUAAGACAUCCAAAUAUAAAAUUGUUUAUUACUCAAGGAGGUUUACAAUCGUUACAAGAAGCGGUAACUAAUGCGGUACCACUCGUGUCCAUACCGUUCUUUGGAGACCAGCAAAUGAAUACUCAAAAAAUAGUCAAGAGAGGCUUCGCAGUUAAACUUGAACGCACAAAUAUCACCACUGAAUCUAUGAAAUGGGCAAUCCAAGAGGUGAUAACAAACCCCAAAUAUAAAUUGAAAGCAAUUGAAAUGCAAGAUCUGAUGUACGACGAACCUAUGACAAGUUUGGAAAGGGCUGUUUGGUGGAUAGAAUAUGUCAUAAGACACAAAGGAGCUCCACAUUUCAAAAGCAAUGCUACCAAAUUGCCCCUUUAUCAAUAUUUCUUGUUGGAUGUUAUAGGGGUUGUUUUAGUUAGUUUAAUUGUUGUUAAUUAUAUUUUGUAUAAAAUUAUUAAACUCACCUUAAGGGUGGCGUUUAGAUUAGUUAAGGGUAAACAGCUUAAGAAAAAGAAGGAAACACUUCGUGUCACCAUGUUCUCAUUGAUCUAUAUCCUUACGGUGCUAACUUGUGGUGUGAACAGUGCCAGAAUUUUAGGUGUGGUUCCAACCCCAAUACCGAGCCACCAAAUAUUUUUCAACCCAAUAUGGAAGGGACUAGCUGACAGAGGGCACGAAUUAAUCCUGUUCACAACCCUCCCAACCCAAACAUCUCAUCCGAAUAUCAAACAAAUCCUUUGUGAAACCGUCAGUGAAUUAUGGGCAGAGCAACACACUACUCAAAUAAGCGAAAAGUAUGGCACCAACUACUACAAAUUCCUAAAGGCGAUGCGCAGGAAGUCCGAAGCCUCCAUCAAAAAGAUUCUGGACCACCCCGACGUACAAAAGGUGUUAAACGGAAAACUAGGUGGUAUCGACUUGGUGAUUACUGAAAUGUACCACCCAUUGGUGGCGGGAAUUGCCCACAAGCUGAAGUGCCCCUUCAUUGGAGUAACCACCACAGAUGUGGCUUUGGACUUCCAUAAGUUGUUUGGCAACGCCAUUCACCCGUUGGUGCACCCAAGCUUCAUUGUUCCUUACCGGGGCCAAAUGACGUUUAUUGAAAGGUGUUUGAAUGUGUACUUUACUUUUAUGAUGUGGAUGUACGAGUUCUCCGACGAUGUUAAGAACCUUGACGUCACUCUUAAGGAAUAUUUUGGACAACGUACACCUCCAGUGAUGAAAUUAAUGGCUAACGCAAGCUUGGUACUUCUGAAUGUUAAUCCUGUUCUGGAUCAAAGACCUCUUGGUCCAGCUUUUAUUACCAUUGGAGGGGGGUUACAAAUUCAAGAUGAACGACCAUUAUCUCCAGAUGUGAAACAUUUCCUGGAUGGUGCUGCAAAUGGAGCAAUUUACUUCAGUCUUGGUACUCACGUUAAGAGUAAACACGUUGAAGGUAAAUUAAUAGAAAUGUUGGUGGAAACUUUUCGGAAUGUACAAGUAAGGGUUUUGUGGAAAUAUGAUGGACAAAUUAAUAAUCUCCCAGACAACAUUAAGGUCAUACAAUGGGCAUCUCAGCAAGACAUUUUGAGACAUCCGAAUGUUAAACUGUUUAUUACUCAAGGAGGUUUACACUCAAUUGAAGAAGCAAUAUAUUUCGGUGUCCCAAUCUUAGGAAUACCUUUUCUAUUGGACCAAGAACAGAAUAUUAGAAAGGUUAUCAAUCGUGGUGCAGGUUUACUGUUGCAUAAAGACACUUUGACUCAACAAUUAUUGCAGACAACAAUUAUUGAAGCCAUAAAUAAUCCAAAAUACAAAGUUGAGAUGUUGAGGAUAUCUGCACUAACUAAAGAUCAGCCACUUCCUCCACUUGAAAAAGCCCUUUGGUGGAUUGAAUUUGUUAUUCGCCAUAAGGGUGCAAACCAUUUACGAAAUCCUGUUAUUGAUAUGCCAUUUUAUCAGUAUUUCUUAAUCGAUGUGAUCUUUGUACUUUUGUGUGUCGUGGUUAUUUUUGUAAUAUUUACAAUUAAGAUAAUACAUUUUGUAAAAUUGUUUUUUACACGACUUGUAAGAUUUAUUAGACGUUCCAAAAAAAAAAUUCAAUAGUCUAAAUAAAUUGGUGAAUGAGUGAGAAACUAAUUUUAACAAAUUCUUAGGUUAAAAUAUUAUUUGAAAUAUUAAACAAAAUCUAUAUAAAGUUACCGUUAAAAUAACAAUCCAUUAUUUACAUGAGACUAACCUUGUUCUAUACAUAUGUGUAGCUCUGGCACUGGUAAGUGGCUUAAGUUUUAGUCGUUGUUUUAAGAUGUGAAGUUAUCAAUAAAUUAAUUCGUGGA